AAUCUUGACCAAAAAAAGAGAUGACUGUUGCUACAAUAUGUCGAAGCUCAGCUAAGGCAGGUGUUUCCGCGAGAAUUCACUUCAAGUCGGGGGGUUGCAGGUUCUAAAGCAGGGGGGAAUCCAAAGACCACCAGAGCUUCUGUCCAAAGUGGAAAAGCUCACCUGGAGAUGUGCGGCCGCCUUCUCUUCUUCACCCUCCUCACACAAUCUGCCCUGCGAAUUCCCAGCCUACCGUUACGGAUACCUUGCUUCAGUCCCCGUUCUGGCCUACACUACGAAGACGGAAAACAGAUACAGAAACUCCAUAAUCCACCCUGCCGCAUCGACCAUCGCCAAAAGGGUUCAUUGCAAGGCCCACGACAACCUUGGACAAUUAUUGACGGGUCAGCUCAACCUUUCCCCCGGUUUUCAGCGUCGCAUUUUCAUCCAUAUCCUGUUGCGGGACGGAGUGGGCGACGCACCAACCCUCCGGCAAUAUCCUCAUAUCCUCUUCCCCGUCACCUUCAGGGGCCCUGGAACGGGGUGAGGAGAAAAAUAACCCAAGUCAACCAGCUGUCAAAUGAAAGACCAAACGAGACGGCCAAAUGAACCUUGUCCUGCUUGUACACAGCACCUGGCAAGCGGGCGAAUGGUCCGCCCACUCGUCCCGAGCCCACGGGGCGUUCUUAUGCCGUUGAAUCUGAUGCAUCGGU